UCAAAAGACAAAACAAAAAUAAAUAAAUAAACUCCUCCCUCGCUCUCUCUCUCUCUCUCUAAUUCCUUCUUCAGCACUACCGCCUCAGCCCCUUUUCUCCCAAUUCAUCAAUAAAACUGGUGCUGUCAUUGGAUUUCAGAAACUGCAACGGCUUCCGGCUCUAGCUUCAGGUCAAGUAUCAUUGCGCUUGGUGAAAGAUAGAACAUGAUUUAUACGGCAAUUGACACAUUUUAUCUGUCAGAAGAACAGCUGAAGAAUUCACCGUCUCGUAAAGAUGGUAUCGACGAGGCCACUGAAACUACACUUAGAAUCUACGGUUGCGACCUCAUACAAGAGAGCGGCAUAUUGCUUAAGCUACCACAAGCUGUUAUGGCGACUGGUCAAGUCCUAUUUCAUCGUUUCUACUGCAAGAAAUCAUUUGCUCGGUUUAAUGUCAAGAGGGUUGCAGCUAGUUGUCUUUGGCUUGCUACAAAACUUGAGGAAAGUCCUAGAAAAGCAAGGCAGAUACUGAUUGUCUUUCACCGGAUGGAAUGUAGGAGAGAGAACUUGCCAAUAGAGCAUUUGGACACAUCUUCCAAGAGAUACGUGGAUCUGAAGGCAGAUUUGAUUAGAACAGAAAGGCAUCUUCUCAAAGAGAUGGGUUUCAUCUGCCACGUUGAGCACCCUCACAAAUUCAUAUCAAAUUACCUUGCUACACUGGAAAUUCCCCCAGAACUCAGACAAGAAGCUUGGAAUCUUGCAAACGACAGUUUGCGCACAACCUUGUGUGUCAGAUUUAAAAGUGAAGUUGUGGCCUGUGGUGUCGUAUAUGCUGCAGCCCGCAGAUCUCAAGUGCCAUUACCUGAAAAUCCCCCUUGGUGGAAAGCAUUUGAUGCCGACAAAUCUGGAAUUGAUGAGGUUUGCAGAGUUUUGGCGCAUCUGUACAGUCUUCCAAAGGCUCAGUAUAUUCCUGUUUGUAAGGAAGGGGGUUCCUUUGCCACACCUACUAAUCGACCAUGGGAUUCGCCACAUCAGUCUGCUUCAAAGGAUAGUCGAUUAGCAGGAACAACCACAAAUGAAGACACCAAUGCUGCAAAGGCACCUUCCACUGUUGUCAAUGCAGAAGCUGGUAAGGAUGAACUGGUUAAAGCUGCUCUCGACAAAUUGAAGGAUUCAAAGAAAAGUGACGACGAAGGUAAAAGCAUAACGAAUGGCGGCGAGUCAAGAGAUGAACCUGAGGCUAAAUUGGCAUCGGACACUAGGACAGAGACAGGUGGCGAAAGGAUAAAGGAGAGGGAUAGAGACAGGGAAAGGGAGAGAACUAGGGGCAGAGACCAUGAUAGAGGGCGGGAAUCCGACAGGGAACGGGGACGGGAAGACUAUGAAAGGGGCAGAGACAAGGUUAAGGAGAGGGUUCAUCGUUCGAGGGACAAAGGAAAAGAUUCUGGACGCAUGGAGAAGUCCAAACAUCAUUCUUCUCGAGAUCACCACAGCUCGUCUUAUGCAUCAAAAGAUAAAGAUCGCCGCAAGCAUCAUUCAUAUGCUUGACAUAUUUGAGAUAGUCAUUCAUUUUGAGCGACAGUGUUCUUCUUCUUCACAAGCGUUGCUGCAGAUUACAGUGUUCCAAUUUAAAAGCUGCUUGUACCUUGUAAACUAAAUACUCGAUAGAUUGAAGCACAGCUCUGUUUUAGAACUUGCCACAAUUUCAGUAUAGCAUUUUGAUCUUUCCAUGUAAUGGCUCCACAGAGCAGUUUGGUGAAUCUUGAUCGAGGAAUGUAUGGUUUUAUUUUGGCCGCA